AUGACGCCAGAAGUCCUACGACUUUCUUUAGAGAAUGUCGAUUUCCGACUUCCGACACAAGUCACAGACGACAAUAGUGUUACAGCACUCAAAAGUUUAGUCUUUGAGCCCCUCCUCCGAUGGCAGUCCCAUGGCCGCGUUGAGCCCGGGCUUUUUGACCGAUGGGAGCGGUCCCCCGAUGCCCGAAUCUGGCAGUUUCACAUCCGAGAAGACGCCUGCUUUCAUGAUGGCGAGCCUUGCAAGGCUCAAGACAUCGUCACUUACAUCAAUGGCCUCCUGGACUCAAGAGACUACUUUGGCAUGCGCUGGAGUUACAGCCGCUAUUUCUCGCAAACCAAGUUCUCUGCCGAGGAUGAUCGGACUGUAAAGGUGACAAAUGCGGAACCAUUCGCGGAUAUCGAGGGUAUCUUCUGCGAGUUUUGGCCUUCUCGCAUCGACAAGAAUGGCAAGCCGGUGCUUGGAACGGGCCCAUUCCGUGUCAUCGAGUUCGAGCGGAAAGAUAGCACGGGUAGAGCCAUUUUGCAGCGGCUGAAUCCGACGCGACAUGGCUCACCUCAUACUAUCAUAGCGACGAUGGAACCAAAUGCUGCCGAAAGACUUCGGCUUCUGCGUGCUGGAGAGGUCGAUGCUGCCCUCAAUCUGGAGCGGGUAGCUAAUCUUGACCUUCUCAAUUUCGACUCUGGAUUUCGAUGGGGAAGAGUGGCAAGCACCCUAUCGGCUAUUUACUAUCUCAACUGCACGGAUGGUAUCUUUACUUCACCAGACGCACGUCUGGCUGUGAACCUUGCGUUGGACAAUGACGCAUUGGUAAAGGAAGUAUACCAUGGGUUCGCAAAGUCAUCCGCUACAAUCGUCAGCCCCUAUCAUCUUGGCUUCCCAGAAUCACAAUUGCAACACAUUCCCUACGACCCCGACAGGGCCAGGGAUCUCCUGAAAGAUUUCGACAAAGGCACACAUCUUGUCUUGAGAACCCCAGUUUACAUGCCAGAGCAUGCCCAAAAGAUCUCGAAAUUCGUGGCAUCAUCCUUGGAGGCCGUUGGCUUUCAGGUCGAAAUCAAGGUUGAGACCAAUAGACCAGAAUAUGCUCGCCAAAUUGGACUCAAAAAAGAGAUUGGAAGCCUCGCGUUGUUUGACUCAACCCCAAACAGCACGUUUCGCGUUUUGGAUGAUAAGAUCUCCAGUUCGUCGCGUGCAACUUGGUGGCUUGGUUAUCACGAUGACAAGUUGCAAGAACUAUUUUACGAGGCGCGAAACAAAAUUAACACCUCGGUAUCCAUCAGCAGCCUGCAAGCGGCGGCUAAAAGAUAUGGCACCGAGCCACUCCUAGUCUUACCAAAUGGUGCGACUGUCGAUUUAUCGAAAGGUUACAUCCCACUACUCGCACGAUACACUUUCGAAGACAAAGCCGCCCAAGGUCUACGGAAGCGCAAGGCCGGUGACAAGCCUGAAAAUCCGAUUCACUUCUCUGUUCUUGAGCUAGUCCGCGACAACUCGAUCUUGCUCUUGACGGGACCCAGCGGGAGCGGGAAGACUACAUUUGCUAAGCACCUCUGCCACGGCCUAGCUUCCUCUGGAUUCAGCAAUGCGCGACCACUACCUCGAAACGACCUAGGUGAUAUCAAGGAAGAGAAUUGGGGUGCCAGCAGAUUGUCUCCGUGCUAUUUCUCACUGAGUGGUACCGAGUCUCUGAAACGGUUGGCUGAUGUAACGAUUCCGCAACUUCUUGGCGCAUCUGGUUCUCAGCACGAGCAUCUGCUCAUCGUCCUCGAUGAUCUCCAGACCGCAGGGGAUGAACUGAUCUCUGUUCUGGCAAAAGCACUGGCCCUAAUACGAGAGCGAACCUACACCAAGCUACUCUUGCUUGGCGAUACAGAUGUCCUUGACCGCUGGAGCUUCCCGGCCGUCGUCCGACACGAGUUGCUUCCCUUGCUAGAGUGUCAAAGAAGGGAGGCAGUGCGUUCUCACCUGAAUUUGGAUCCGUCGACUCUCAUAACAACUGGCAUGGGUGAAGCUGCGUCGAACCCGGCCAUGUUUGCUCUCGCGGUUCAAGCCAAUCACUCUGGAAACUGUGCCGAGGAGCUGCUAGAUGCGUGGCUUUCGUUCACCCACUCGCAGCCAGAUGCUGCAUCGCUUCUGGCAGAGAGGUCAUACAAGCUGAUAUUCCACGGCUCAUUGACCACCGGUCCGACUGAGAUGUCGUUGACCGCGUUUCAGCCCAAUCCUGCCUUGCGAAGCCUGACGGUGCAACGGCUCCUAGCUGCGCGGCACCUAGCUGAUUUGACACCGCAAAUCGCUGUCGGCCUCUUUCGUGAUCAGCCUCAUGCUUCGGAUGAUGUUCUAAGAAGCUGCUUGUCGCGUCUCAGCUCCUUACAUAGGUCUGGCGUCCUUGUCGACGGGCUCCUCGGGGGCACACCAGCUGACGCUAAGCGCGCUGCCUUACUGGUGGCUGGCCUUUUUCCAUUAUCCGCGGAAGUCGAACGCAAGGUUAUGAAGCUGCUUCUGGAAAUCGUCGAGAACGGAGAUUGCUCGGCUGGUGAACGCGAGAAAGCCGGUCGUCUACUGUCAAAGUAUGGCGACCCGCGAGAUCUGACUGAACUCGCAGAGGUUCCCGCCGGAAGCUUCAUGAUGGGCUCUGAAAGUCAUCCCAAUUCGCAGCCUCUGAGUAGAGUUUCGCUCGAGAGGUUUCGCAUCGGUGUCUAUCCUGUCGUCAACAGAGACUACGCCGCCUUUGUGAAGGAAACUAGCCGCGAAUGGCUCAGUCCUGGUGGCAAGGACCCGGAGAAAGCAAAUGCACCAGCGACCGAUCUUACAUGGCAUGAUUCAAGGGCUUACUGUCAAUGGCUCACAGAAAGGUGGAGAGAAGAAAAAAAGAUCAGUUCGAAUGAGCACGUGAGGCUUCCUUCAGAGCCAGAGUGGGAGUGCGCGGCCAAGGGUGGCCGAAAUGAGACGGACACUGAAGGGUUGGCUUUUCCUUGGGGCACAGAUUGGCAGGAACAUACUGCCAAUAGCGACGAGACUGGCUUCAAUACGACCUGUGCUGUUGGUCUCUUCCCAAGGGGGCUCUCGCCGUACGGCUGCCACGAUAUGGCGGGGCAUGUAUGGGAAUGGUGCUCAACUCUCUGGGGCGAGGACAUGACGAUGCCAGCUUUCCAGUACCCUUGGCGGGAUGAUGGGCGAGAGUCUUUAGAUGCCUCGGACCAUGUUCGAAGAGUACUGAGAGGCGGAUGCUUCUCGAGUCCCAAGUUGAAGGCAAAUUGCACGUAUCGAGGUAGCCUCGAACCAACAGGAUUCUGGAGAGGCAAUGGGUUCCGCAUCGUUGUUGCGCCGCUAGACUCACAAGACUAA